UAAUGAGUCUGUUCGACCCUCUGGGUCUCGUGGCUUCUUUUGUCAUCGAAGGAAAAGUAAUUAUUCAGGAAGUUUGGAGGGCAAAAGUCGGCUGGGACGAACGUAUCCCCGCAGAAAUCAUUCCUCGAUGGCAACAGUGGUUGGAGGUGCUGCGGUCACUAGAUAAAGUGAAGAUCCCUAGGUGCUACUUCCCAGGAUACAGCAAAGAAGCCUACGAAUCACUGGAACUACACGUCUUCGUCGAUGCCAGCGAGAGUGCGUACGCGACUGUUGCCUACUUCAGAGUCGUCGAUAAUGGGGAGGUUCGAUGCUGCUUGGUUGGAGCGAAGACAAAAGUAGCUCCAUUGAAACAGCUUUCCAUACCACGCUUGGAACUUCAGGCAGCGACGAUUGGGACGCGGCUAAUGAAGACAGUUACCGACAACCACACCAUUGCAAUCAAGCGCAGAGUACUAUGGAGCGAUUCACGAACAGUGCUCUCGUGGCUCCGUUCUGAUCAAAGACGAUAUCGCCAGUUCGUGGCAUUCCGCGUCACGGAGAUAUUGGAGGAAACGAGCGUUGCAGAUUGGAGAUGGGUGCCAUCUAAGCAGAACGUGGCGGAUGAGGCCACUAAAUGGGGAAAGAGUCCCAACUACUUUGAGAGUUGCCGUUGGUUUAAAGGACCAGCAUUCUUGUACGAGGAUGAAAGUCAGUGGCCCGUGGAAGAUUCUGGGAUGGAGGAUUCUACGACCGAAGAGUUGCGAAGCGUUCACGUCAACGUGCAGAUUUCAAUCGAGCCUCUUAUGCAGUUCCAGCGGUUCUCCAAAUGGGAAAGACUGCUCAGAGCGACGGCGUAUCUUCGGCGGUUCUACAAAAACUGCCAGCGAAAAAAGGCUGGUUGUGCGAUCCACGUGGAUGCUCUCUCGAGCGAGGAGCUGAAUGCAGCGGAACAUACCAUCUGGAGGUUGGUGCAGGCAGAGGCUUUUCCAGACGAGAUCCGCUCACUAUGCAAAGAUCAGUCCGUUCCCGAAGGCCAGCAGACAACUGUGGAAAAGAGUAGCCAUAUUUACAAGCUGUCGCCGUUUAUCGGCGAAGGAGAUCUCCUGCGGAAGAAUGGACGAAUAGCAGCAUCGCCGUACAUUCCGUACGGUACGAAGUUCCCGAUCAUCAUUCCAAGAAAUCACCACGUUACGGACCUUCUUGUGAACUGGUAUCACCGGAAAUAUGGCCACGCAAACGGUGAAACCGUGGUGAAUGAACUGCGGCAACAGUACCACGUCCCGGAUAUGAGAGUAGUCGUUCGGAAGGCUACGAAACGCUGCAGUUGGUGCUCGGUGUACCGAGUAUUGCCUCAGGUUCCGAAAAUGGGUCCGCUACCGGUAGCCCGGAUCACCCCCUACGUCAGAGCUUUCACUUUCGUAGGACUGGACUAUUUCGGGCCAUUGACAGUUCGCGUUGGACUGGCGAAAGCCAAGCGUUGGGUGGCCUUGUUUACUUGCCUGACGACCAGGGCCAUCCAUUUGGAGGUUGCGGCUUCGUUAACAACGGACUCUUGCAAGCAAGCUAUACGGAGGUUCAUCGCAAGGCGAGGAGCUCCCCAGGAAAUUUAUUCGGAUCAGGGUACAAAUUUCCAAGGUGUUCGUAGUGAAAUGGACAAAGAAAUGCGGUCUAUCAACGAGUCGUUGGCUUCCACCAUAACCAACCAAAGGACCCAGUGGAAGUUCAAUCCUCCGUACGCCCCUCACAUGGGUGGCGUGUGGGAGAGGCUCGUGCGCUCCGUUAAGAAAGGGCUUAGCUGCUUACUAACGGAUAGAAAUCCCGACGAUGAAGCUUUGACUACUGUGCUUGCAGAAGUAGAAUCGCUUGUCAACUCACGCCCAUUGACAUAUUUGCCCCUGGAAAGCGAAGAGCACGAAGCCUUGACGCCCAACCAUUUUUUGCUCUUGAACUCCAGUGGGGUGGUUCAACCUGCUGUACGACCGAUGGAUGAUGCAGCAGCUCUGCGUUCCAGUUGGAAUGCUAUCCAGGUCAUGCUGGACAAUUUCUGGAAGCGUUGGCUCAAGGAAUAUCUCCCGGUGAUAUCUCCUCAGUCGAAAUGGUUUGGGGAGACGCGCAAUGUUGAAGUCGGCGAUUUGGUGAUGAUUGCCAGCGAUAAGGAGCGAAACAGCUGGACGCGAGGAAGAAUACUCCGAAUUUAUCCAGGGAAAGACCGGAGAGUUCGGCGAGUCGACGUGCAAACUACGAUGGGAGUUCAGCAACGUCCGGUGUCGAAGUUGGCUAUACUAAACGUCGCUGUAGAUCCAGGUAUAGCUGAAGGUUCUGGCAGCAAUACGGGUGGGGGUAUGUACGCGACCGAACCCAUGGCGUUCAGUACCGCCCAUGUAGAUGCGCUACCAACUACCGACACUACAACAAAUCUACCGCUGUCACCAAAUGACAAUCAACAGAACAAUAACCAACCUAAUCCUAUGACACAAAACAACAGAAAGCCAUAGAAAGAACACGUGAAUUAUUUAGUGCUAAAUUUGUUGAAAUUUGUUUUCCCUAAAAUUAUCAUUAAAAACUAAACACAAAACAUUGAAGAAUAAAUAGUUACAAACGACGGACAGACACGAAGAAAACUAAAAACUGUAAGUUAACCUAAAUUUGGUAAAAAUCAUGCAAUGAAUGAAUAAAAUUUAUUAUAGCUUGAAGCUUACUCCACCAAAAAAGCGAGUUUGUCUGGAGAGAUUUUCUAAAACCCGUCCG